AUGGUGAAGCCGAAGGCAUACGUCAUUGGAGUUGGAAUGACCAAGUUCAGCAAGCCUGGAUCCGUCGGAUGGGACUACCCGGACAUGGUUAAAGAAGCAGGUGAAUAAUUAGAGAUACUAUCAAUCGAUAGGAAAUGACGUCAGACGCACGGAAAUCCAUGUCAGAAAGUUCUAGGAAGCAUAGAUCAGUUCUAGGGAGUUCUAGGGAGCAUAGAAAAAGAUAUGCUUUUUGAAGUUUUUGAAAAAAAUCAUAACUCGAUUCCUAGAAGGUUAUGAACUUUGAGACCUAGUUUUUCUUGAUCUCCUUGAUCUCCUCUAUCGAUUGAUACCAGAUUUGACCUACUUUCCAUCUUUCGAUCUCCAAGUUUGAUCGCCUCUAGCUCAGUUCCUAGUUGAUCUACGGAGGUCAAACCCGGCCUCAGGUUAUUUUUCGUCGUGAUCUAUCGAUUGGUAUAGGUUUCGUCCGGAUCGGCUUCCAUGACCUCAGAAGCUCGAAAAACUGAAGGGUUAGACUGUACUUUUCCAUUUUUCCCGAAAUCCAAAGUUUCUAGAUUUUCAGAUCAAUCGAUAGGAAAUGACUUGAAGUCCGAAUAUCCAGAUCAGAAAGUUCUAGGGUGCCUAGGAACAAAGAUAUGAUUUUUUAAAGAUGAUCAACUUUGUUUGAAAAAUCAUAGCUUGAUUCCUAGAAGGUUAGGAACUUAGAAACCUAGUUUUUCUUAAUGCUCAUGAUCUCCUCUAUCGAUUGAUACUAGUUCUGACGGAAUUUGAAAAUUUUCAUUCCUAUGUUUGAUUAGAUCUCAGCUUUUCUCUCUAACCAUGUGACAUCAUUACCAGUCGAUAGAGCGUCCCGAGACGAAUCGAAUGAUGUAUCUCAACAUGUGAUAACUUAUCAUAAAGUCGAGUUACCAGCUGAGGCAAGACUGGAGCUUCUGGAUGAAGCUUGAUAUCCUGAUAACCUACAUCAAUGGAAAGCUGGCCUAGAGACGAAUCCAUUGAUAUACUUGGAUUACCUGUAGUUGCGCAAAGAUAUAAGCCUUUAAAGUUUGUCUUAAAAAAUAAAAAUGCGCGUCAGAUCUAAUAAGUUGUCUGAAACAGCGCGUCGGGUCAAGUGUCAGUCUGAGGCUCUCAUCGGUGUGGUUUCCUCGCGAAAAAGGAAAAGCUCAAAAAGUUGAUAUUUUUAAGUUUUUCUGUUGUAAUCGAUAGAGCAGCUUCCAUAUGGUACUGUUAUCAUAUCCGUUUUCGAGGAAAAGCUCAAAAAUUGGCGGAAAAAGAGGUCCGAAAAAAAUUGUAUUUUUUCGGGCUUUCAGGCCUCAUAACUCCGUUCAUUUCAAAGUUACAAAGAAACGAAUCAUAUCAAUCGAUUCGUCUCAUUAUCAGCUUUCCAAUGAUAUAGGGCUUCAAGAGUUUCGAUCAACAUGGAUGACGUCAUUGACUUUUCCAGCUUACAUCUCAGCUUUUCCCUCAAACCAUGAGAUAUCAUAAUCAGUCGAUAGAGCUUUUUAAGACGGAUCGAAUGAUCUAUCUUAACGCCUGAUAAGUUAUCAAGAAGUUGAGUUACAAGCUGAGGCAAACCUGAAGCUUCUGGAUGAAGCUCGAUCUUGUGAUAACCUACAUCAUUCGAAAGCUGACACUGAUACGAGUCGACUGAUAUGAUUAGAUAAGCUGUAGCUUCUCUGAGAGCCGAGAUAUGAGGCUUGAGAGUCUAAAAACAGCCAUUUUCGGACCUUUGUUGACAAUUUUUCGAGGACUUUUCGCUGCAACUGAUAUGAUAACGGCACCAUAUGGAAGCUCCUCUAUCGAUUACAUUAGACGAAAAGACCAACUUUUUGAGCUCACUGCGAAAUCACACCGAUGAAAGCUUCAGACGACGCGACCCGACGCCAACUCACACAACUUGAUCUGACGCUGACUAUAUUUUUCAGGCAAACUUUGAAGCUUAUAUCUUGGCUCUCAAAUGCUACAGCUUAUCUACGUCAUAUCAGUCGAGUUCGUCUCGUCGUCAGCUUUCUAAUGACAUAGUCGAUCAAUUGAUCAGACUUGGAUCAGAAAGCUUUUUGAAAAUGCCUUAUUCGAUGGCAUAUAAAAGCGAAAGUAACGUCUUGAGUUGGAACAGUUCUUCUGUCCGUAAGAGUGUAAUAAGAAGCUUCCGGAGUUGGUCUUGGAGAUCGAAGAUCGUUUCUGGAAGGUUCCUAGUUCUUUCCCACUACACGGGGCUUUCUCGACGACGCUCCGCCCACUUUUUCUCCGUGAAGUGUCGCGUGUCGUGCGCAUGCACUUUCGCGCAGAAAAUCGCGUUUAUCUAGAAAAAUUUCGAAUCGUCUUGAAGACUUCUGGCAACACGGCGGCCUGCCUUUAAUAAGCCUUAGCCGUUCCAUGACGUCACACGGGAACAGUGGAUAUUUUCAGCUCCGCCCAUCGUGUUUUGGUUUCGCAUUUUCUUCCACUAACCGUGUCUACGCAUGUUUCUCUAUCGAUUUAAUGAAUUUAAGGGUUUUAUGAGUCUUUCACGCUAGGAGUUGGUUGUUCAGUUGACCUACAGCUACUGUUUUUCAGUACCACGAAGCUCUGAGCGACUGUGGCUGAAAAUACACGGACAUUCAGCAGGCGACCGUUGGAUAUUUGUUCGGUGGGACCUGCCGUGGCCAGAGGGUUCUUUAUGAAUGCGGCCUCACUGGGAUCCUGAUUUUCAACGUUAACAACGCCUGCGCUUCUGGCUCUUCUGGUGUCUUUCUCUGCAAGCAGAUCAUCGAGAGUGGUGCGUUUAGAAAUAACAACUCUUGCGCUCCAUGGCAAAAGAUUUAUUCAGGACUGGUGAAUUUUCAGGCAACGCCGACGUCGUCCUGGCUUCGGAUUCGAGAGAAUGGCCGCUGGAAGUUUGGAAAAUAUGA